GGCGCUUUUGAUUUCCGACCUUCCCUCCCCCAUAUAAAAGCGCGUUUUCUUUUCUUUUGAUUUUUUUUUUUGCGGGACGCAAUUGCUCUGGAGGGUCCAAAGGAAAACCAGAGCUCACCUUGACUGUUACCUGCAGGUGACUUCUUUUUGGCAAGAAGGAGACCCCAGCGGUGCGCUUUUGGCUCCGGGCAGGCUUUUACGCACCCUUUCUGGGUGGGCAGAAAGGAUUGGCCAUCCUCCCCCCCCCCCCAUUUUAAAGGCGCCCCCUCAUUUGGGGAGGGGGGGUUGUUUGUGGAGGGGGGGUCGGAGGAGGAGAAGACGGCGUUUGCAGGGAGGCGGGGCUGACGGCGGGACGGAGCUCUCGCUCCCCUUUUCGCCUUGGAGAAGGAUGGUUUGGAAAUGGCUGGCCGCUUGGCUCCUGCUCCCCGUCCAGUUGCUCGGCCUGGUGGCGAAGGCGCUCGUGGGCACGCUGCUGCCCUCCAAGCUGCGGGACUUGUCCGGGGACAGCGUGCUGAUCACCGGCGGAGGCCGAGGCAUCGGGCGUCACCUGGCCCGGGAGUUUGCUAAGCGCGGGGCCCGCAAGGUUAUCCUGUGGGGUCGAACUGAGAAGUGCCUGAAAGAGACUACAGAGGAGAUCCGGGCGAUGGGCACAGAGUGCCAUUACUUCAUCUGUGACGUGGGGAAUCGGGAGGAAGUCUACCAGCAGGCCAAAGCUGUCCGUGAAAAGGUGGGAGAUAUCACCAUCCUAGUAAACAAUGCGGCAGUCGUUCACGGCAAGAGCCUGAUGGAGAGUGAUGAUGACGCCCUCCUAAAAUCGCAGCACAUCAACACACUGGGACAAUUUUGGACCACAAAGGCCUUCCUGCCGCGGAUGCUGGAGCUACAGAAUGGGCACAUUGUGUGUCUGAACUCUGUCCUGGCUUUAUCGGCCAUUCCGGGGGCCAUUGAUUAUUGCACUUCCAAAGCCUCUUCUUUUGCCUUUAUGGAGAGCUUGACCCUGGGGCUGCUGGACUGCCCAGGGGUGAACGCCACCACCGUCUUGCCCUUCCACACGAGCACCGAGAUGUUUCAGGGCAUGAGAAUCAGGUUCCCCAAUCUCUUCCCCCCGUUAAAGCCGGAGGUGGUGGCCCGAAGGACAGUAGAAGCUGUUCAGCAGAACCAAGCCUUCCUCCUCCUCCCAUGGACAAUGCAUCUCCUCAUCAUCUUGAAAAGCCUCCUCCCGCAAGCGGCCCUCGAAGAGAUUCACAGGUUCUCCGGGAGCUACACCUGCAUGAACACUUUCAAAGGGCGCACAUAGAGGCUGCGUCAUACUCAGGUGCAAAGCCAGAAGAGGCCGUGACCCGACGUGAUUGUCAGCUGACUGUUCUGGGCUGUCUUAACUGUUCUUGUUUGCUUUGGUGGCAUCUUCGGCUCUGCAGCAAGAUGGACCAGACUCGCAGGGGACAUGGAAGUGAACAACUGGGAGGGGGACGUGCGGUCGAUUCUUUAGAAACCAGAUUGUGUCAUUUGUUCAUGGGUUUUCCCCACCUUUAAAGGAGUUUCAGGAUCUAGCUGAAUACCUUCCAUGCCGGACACAUUCCUCUGCACUUCGCAUGAGUUUCAGUGUUGCUCUCGCCCUCUCCGAUUCGUAAAGCUGGCCCGAUGACUCUUGAAAGCGUCUUCUGCCAGUUGCCGCUGCGUUUGGCGUUCCAAGACAGCCGUUUAUUUUGAAAGGGUACGGAACAUUCCUCUGUGAGGGACGGCCGCAGGGGCUUUCGGCUAGGCCCACAAGAACAAGACAAACAACUCAAGUGGCUUUUGUCAAAGGGGUUCCUCCGAUGGUUUCCUAGAGAAGGGCCGUGUUUUGUGCAUGAGGUUUAAAAGGGGGCAAAAGAGAAUGUUUUCUCCCUCUCUUGUGACGUAAGGACUAGCAGGUGAAGGGCAGUAGGUCUUGGACAGACAAUGAGAAGUCACUCUUCACUCCGUGCAAAGUUAGUUUACGGAGUUCGCUGGUACCAGAUCUACAAAGGCCAUUCUUAAGCUGUUGAGCUAUGGUCCCGUGUGAACAGACACAUUGUAGUAUGACUGGGAAGAGGCCUUACACGGGGAAAGUUCACAUGAGUAAAUGGAUUAGGAAGAAGAUAAAUACUCCUCCUUGACAAGGAGUCUGUCUUUCUGCUCCUACCUCAUUUUAGCUCUUCUGAGAGAGAGAGAGAGCGCCAAAGGAACCCAGAACAGCCAUUAAAGCAUAUUAAGGAUUUGCCAAA